AUGGCACCCCCUGAGGAUAAUGAAGUUCCUGCUCAAGCAAAUGCAUGUGCUUUGAUAAAUCCUAAUUUAAGAUUACCACCGGAAUUAAACCUUCUCACUGGUAAUAUAGCGGAGAAUUAUAAAUCAUGGAAGCGACAAGUGGAAAUUUACCUGAUUGCUAGCGGUACGACGAAACUACCGGAGGAAAUUCAGACGGCGACGAUUAUCAAUUGUGGAGGUGAGAGACUUCUUAAAAUUUAUGAUCAUUUUGAGUGGACACAAGAUGAAGAUAAAAACAAGCCUGGUGAUGUAUUUAGCAAGAUCGAACAGUACUGUAAUCCUCGUAGAAAUGAAGUGGCAGAAUCGCACAAAUUCUGGAGUACCAAGUAUGUGGAACCUUUUGACCAGUUUCUUACCGAGUUAAGAAUAAAAGCGGCAUCAUGUAAUUUCAAAGAAGAGGAUCGAAUGAUUAGAGACAAGAUUGUAUUCAGUUGCUCAGGAAAAAUGCAACAGCUUCUUCUUAGGGAUGAUGACUUGGACCUUAAGAAAACAAUCAAAAUUUGUCAGUCUUAUGAACAAGCGAAUAGACAAGCAGAAGAAAUGAAGAAGGAAAACCAGUCUAGUGUACAUAAAGUUAGUGAGCAUCAAACUCCAAGAAACAGAAAAAGUACAAACAAGUUCCCUUACAAGAAAACAGCACAAAGUACACCACAAGACAGAGGAGAGAAAAUGUGCAAAUUUUGUGGAAACAAACAUGUCUGGAAGAAAGAAUUAUGUCCGGCAUGGGGAAAAACUUGUAAUAAAUGUCAUGGACGAAAUCAUUUCAGUGUGAAAUGCAAGAAAGUGCACCUGGUAGAGAGAAAUCGGUAUGACGAGUCAUCUGAUGAAGAUGAACACUGGCUGAAUGCUGUGAACUCGCUGAACUGUAAUAAUAAUUCAUUAACGGCAGUUAUGAAUGUGAACAAUUGUGACGUACGUUUCCAAUUGGACAGUGGUGCACAAACCAAUACGAUCCAAAAGAAGUAUGUUCGAAAGGAACAAGUUCGUCCGUCCUCAUCGACUCUGCGCGUGUAUGAUGCAGCACCUUUGAAAACUUUAGGAGAAGUAGACCUGUGUGUUACAAACCCAAAAUCUGGAGAAGUGGUGAAUGUGACAUUUGCAGUUGUAAGCAAUAAACUUCAGAGUUUAUUAGGACUUGAUGUUAUAAAGAAAAUGAAUCUCAUCACAGUGAAUGGUGAAAAGUUUAUCUGGAAGCUGAAUACCACAUCUAAAUCAGAAUUAGGUGACCUUGGAGAAGCUACACUUGUAAUAGAUAGCCAGAUCCAACCAAAAACUCUCCCAUGUAGAAAACUCCCUCUCGCUAUCAAAGACCGUGUGAAAGCAGAACUUGACAGUCUAGUUGACAGAGGAAUCCUUAUUCCAGUUACAACACCUACAAAAUGGGUAAAUCAGAUGGCAGUAGUACACAAAGCCAAUGGCAAAUUGAGGAUUUGUCUUGAUCCACAAGCUUUAAAUUCAGCAUUAUUGCGUGAACACUAUAAACUACCUGUACUUGAUGAUGUGCUACCCAAGCUACAAAAUGCAAAGCUGUUUAGCAAGUUAGAUGUAAAAGAGGCAUACUGGCAUGUUAAGUUGGAUAAUGAAUCCAGUUUAUUGACAACCAUGAUCACCCCAUUUGGUCGAUACAGAUGGCAGAGACUCCCAUUUGGAUUAAAAGUUUCUAGUGAAAUUUUUCAGAGAAAGUUGACUGAAGCUCUGGGUGAUAUUGAAGGUGUUUUUACCAUAGCGGACGAUAUCAUUGUUACUGGAUGUGGAGAUACUAUUCCAGAAGCUGAAAGAGACAACAAGGAAAAACUGAAACUCCUGUACUCAAGAUGUAAUGAAGCAAAGAUCAUCCUGAAUGACGAAAAAAAAGAAAUCGGACUCCAAGAAAUUACUUUUCAUGGGCACAAAGUAACUAGCAAUGGAGUGAAAGCAGACGAUGGAAAAGUGAAAGCCAUUGUCGACAUGCCUAGACCAACUGAUGUGUCAGGUGUAAGAAGAUUUUGUGUUAUGGUGCAGUACAUGGCCAAAUUUAUACCGAGCUUAUCCACAACUCUGGAACCACUUAGAAAACUCACACGCAAAGACACUCACUGGAAGUGGACUGACAAGUGUGAAAAGGCAUUUACUGAUAUCAAGAUACAGCUAACCUGUACUCCUAUUCUAGCCUACUACAAUCCUGAUCUGGAAUUGACUGUACAAACAGACAGCAGUAAAGAUGGUCUUGGAGCUGUUCUUUUACAAGGUGGAAAGCCAAUUGAAUACGCUUCGCGCUCACUCUCUUCGUCACAACGAAAAUGGGCUCAAAUCGAGAAAGAGGCCUUAUCCAUUCUAUUCGGACUGGAAAAGUUUGACCAGUACACCUAUGGAAGAAAAGUGAUUAUUGAGAAUGACCACAAACCUCUAGAAGUUAUUCUGAAAAAGCCCUUAUCAGCUGCUCCACGUAGACUACAGGAUAUCAUGAUGAAAUUGAACAGAUACGAUAUUACUUUCAAGUUCAUCAAAGGUGAAGACCUUGUCAUUGCAGACGCAUUGAGCAGAGCAACAGUAGAAGAUCCAGAUGAUCGCCCACGAAUUAUGAAUGUAUGUUUUGAUCCAGAUAUAUCAGAUGUUCGUCUUGAAGAGAUUAGCAAGGCAACAGAAAAGGAUCCUGAAUUGCAAAGUUUAAUUGCAUACAUCACUACUGGAUGGCCAGAGAGAAAGAAUUUGGUAGAGGAACCAGUGAAACAUUAUUAUGACUUACGAGAUACAUUGAGUGUCCAUAAUGACAUUAUCGUUAAGGGAGAAGCCAUAGUGAUUCCGAAAUCUCUUAGAUCUGAUGUUAAGUGUCGACUUCACUCAGCUCACCUUGGCUAUGAUUCUAUGAUUCGACGUGCUCGUGGAACAGUAUUUUGGCCAAACAUGCAAAGUGACAUAAAACAGAUUGCUGAAAACUGUUAUGCCUGUCAGCAGAUGAAAGCUAGACCAACAAAAACCAUGCUUACUCAACAUGAUGAAGGAACCACACCCUGGAACAAGAUUGGAUUGGAUUUUUUUCAAGUGAAAAAUCAUACUUACCUUGUUAGUGUUGAUUAUUACACAAAUUACAUUGAAGUUGAUCUGAUGUCAACAACAACUUCAGUGAAACUGAUUAAAACGUUGAAGAAACAAUUUUCACAUUUCGGAAUUCCUUCAAUUAUUGUCUCGGAUGGAGGACCCCAAUUUACUUCAUAUGAAUUCAGCAAAUUCACCACGGAAUGGGGAAUACGACAUGUUACCUCCUCACCAAACCAUCAGAGAGCCAACGGAAAGGCGGAAUCGGCUGUAAAAAUCAUCAAAAACAUGAUUAUUAAAUGCGACAAGGAAGGAACAGACCAAUUCGAGGCACUCAUGGAACAGAGAAAUACCCCUCGACAAGAUACAGGUCUUAGUCCGUGCGAGAUGAUGUUUGGAAGACCAACUCGAACAAGACUUCCAAAACUAAUACUCUCUAAGACGAGUCGCAAUACAAAACGUGAACAACGGAAGAAGUCGGUGAAACGUUACUAUAACAAAACGGCUUAUGACAAACCUACACUGAAGCAGAACCAAAGUGUUUUCUUUGAAAGGAAAGAAAAGGAAAAAUGGAUUCUUGGCAAAAUUGUUGACUGUCUUCAUAACCAGACCUACAUAAUUCAGUCACAGGAUGGAACAACUUAUCGCAGAAAUCGUCUUCAUAUUAGACCCACUGAAAUUGAAGCAGUAAUAAGAGAUAAGUCCCCAGUGCGCCUGGAAAACAAGAGGAAACCGUUUCAAAAUACACCCCCUGAGAAAACAAUGACCAGCCCAGAACCAGCAAAUCUUCCAGAAAAGAAAAAGCCAAUUGAAACCACAGCUGUAAUCGGUUCAUCUCGCGAAAUAGUGAAUGCAAGUGAUUGUCCUGUGCAAGAAACAUUAUCUACAAACAAUCCGGAACCAACAUUGCGUAGAUCUAUCCGUGCUCGCAAGGAACCUGUAAAAUUAAAAGACUAUGUUCGCCAUUGA